CUGAAGCAAAUACUAGUAGCAUUCGAGCUAGCUGAUCGAUGCCAUGGGUGGGAAGCUGCAGCAGCUGAUGUCGAGGCUCCACCUGGCCAAGGGCGGCGGCGGCGGGAAGGGCGGCGGCGCGGUGCCGAGGGGCCACUUCGCGGUGUACGUCGGCGAGGCGAGGGCGCGGUUCGUGAUCCCGACGGCGUACCUGAGGCACCCGUCGUUCGUUGCGCUGCUGGAGAGCGCCGAGGAGGAGUUCGGCUUCGACCACCACGGCGGCGGGAUUAUCAUACCGUGCUCUGAGAGCGACUUCGUUGAGCUCGUCGGUAGCCUGAGCUCCUCGUCGCCGUCGUCGUCGUGGCGGCACUAA